GUGGGUUAGCUCCAUGGUAGUGUCCCUCAGGAAGGACAAAGUGAGGAUCUGUAUCGAUCCUCGAGACCUAAACAAGGCAAUUAGGCGGGAACAUCAUCCCAUGAAGACAAUUGAGGAAAUCGUCAGCAACAUUCCAAGCGCAAAGGUCUUCUCAGUCCUAGACGCGAAGUCUGGAUUCCUGCAAAUCAAAUUGGACCACGAGUCAUCAAUGCUAACUACAUUCAACACCCCCAUGGGGAGGUACCGGUGGCUACGUCUGCCUUUUGGACUAAAGUGUGCUCCCGAAAUUUACCAGAGAAUCAUGGACCAGAUGCUGGAAGGUAUCGAAGGGGCAACCGCCAUCAUGGAUGACAUAUUGAUAGCUGGCCGGGAUAUGAAACAUCAUGACCAGAUACUCCACCAAGUAAUCGAACGAGCCACCAGCUACAAUUUACGCCUCAACUACGAGAAAUGUCACAUACGACAACCAUCAGUUCGAUACAUCGGACAUCUCAUCACAGCCGAAGGGCUAAAGCCAGAUCCAGAAAAGAUAAAGGCAGUAGCGGAGAUGCCGGAUCCCCAGGAUCAAAGUGACGUCAAAAGGUUUCUAGGCUUCGUCACUUACUUGGCAAAAUUCAUUCCAAACCUAAGCGACGUGGACAAGCCGCUGAGAUUACUUCUGAAGACAGAUGUGAAGUUCGAAUGGCAACAUGAACACAAAGCAAGCUUUCAGAAGCUGAAGGAGCUGUGUACCCAUGCACCAGUGUUAGCUUACUAUGAUACUCGGAAAGCAGUAGAGAUACAAUGCGAUGCGAGCAGCACAGGCGUAGGGGCGGUAUUACUCCAAGACGGCAGGCCAGUAGCUUACUCAUCAAGAUCAAUGACGGCUACUGAGUCGAGGUAUGCUCAAAUUGAGAAGGAAAUGCUCUCGAUUGUCCAUGCAACCACAAAGUUUCAUCACUAUGUCUUCGGAAGACACGUACAAGUAUACAAUGAUCACAAACCUCUGGAAAGCAUUUUCCUGAAGCCCAUACUGUCGGCACCAAUGAGACUGCAGAGGAUGAUGCUCAAGCUUCAAUGGUAUGACUUGACUGUCACCUACCGAAAAGGGAAAGACAUGCAACUAGCAGACACCCUCUCGAGAGCUUACAUCCCAGGUGAAGAUCCCGGAAACAAUGACGACCUCGAAUACAUCAACACACUCAAAUUUGUGCCAAUCACGGGUACCAAACAUUCGGAGAUCCAACAAGCGACGUCUACAGAACUGAAGAACCUCCACUUUGUUAUCCUCUCAGGCUGGCCAGAACGGCGGGAGGACGUCCACAUUACAGCACGGCCGUACUGGGACUCACGAGACCAAUUAGUAGUACAAGAUGGCAUCAUCUUCAAGGGUACAAGGAUAGUAAUCCCGCCGAGCCUUCGUUCCCAAAUGUUGAAACUACUUCAUGAGUCACACCUUGGAGUAGUGAAAUGCAAACAACGCGCCAGAGAGGUAAUGUACUGGCCAGCCAUGAACGCCCAGAUAGAAGACACUGUACGGAGAUGUGACCGCUGCGCGGAGUACCAAAACAGACUACCACCAGAACCUCUCAUGCCAACACCAGUCCCAGACCUGCCAUUUAUUGAAGUGGGAAUUGACCUUUUCCAUUUUGAGUCCAAACACUAUCUCAUACUGGUAGAUUACUACUCAAAAUUCAUUGAAGUGGAUGAGCUGCAAGACCAGACCACGUCCUCUACAAUCCAAGCGCUGAAGAACCAGUUUUGUAGACACGGCAUUCCAGAGAAAUGCAGGAGUGACAAUGGUCCGCAAUUCAGCUCAUCAGACUUCCAACAAUUCUGCAAGGAAUACGGUGUCGACCACAUAACUAGCAGUCCUCACUUCCCGCAGAGCAAUGGUGAGGCGGAGAGAGGAAUACAGACAGUGAAACGCCUCUGGAAGAAAGUCAAAGACAAGCAGAAAGCCCUUUUGGACUAUAGAACAACCCCGUUAGAAGGCAUCAACCUGUCACCUGCUCAACUGCUCAUGGGAAGACGUCCUCGUAACACACUUCCCUCAUCCAGAAAGCUACUAGAACAUACCUCCUACAACAGAGAUCUGUUCAGAGACACUUCCAGAUGGAGAAGAUGAAACAAAAGCAAUACUAUGAUUCCAGACCAGGAGUGAAACCAUUACCAUCUCUACGACCCGAAGACGCAGUAAGGAUGGCACCACUGCCGGAAUCAAACGCUUGGCUCCCAGCCAAGGUCGACCAACAACACAAGUCACCACGAUCUUUUGUUGUAGAAUGUCCGAAGAGUGGAAGAAAGUACAGACGGAAUCGAAGACAUCUUCGACCGUACCCAGAAGCCAGUUCUCUUGUCAAUGACACGUCCAGGCUCGAUUUUACAACCGGAUACAACAGUCUAAACUCGGACAAUAUAGCCUCACCUCUACCGGAUACACCCAAAGCAGCAGUCAGCGAAAUGGAGGAGAGCUCUGACCGAAAUACAACUCCAGUGACCGCCAACCCGCAAGUGACUCGUUCUGGCAGAAAUAUCCGAAAGCCUAAGAAGCUGGACCUGUGACUGUACAACUCUAGUAAAGGAAGAGAGAUGUAAUGUAUGUCGUAGUGUACAUGUAGCGCGCGUUACGGCAUACGCGCAGACUCGAUUUAGUGUAGAGUAGACGCGCCAGCUUGUGUUCUUAGUUCGCUCUGUCUGGUAACCAAUACAUAUCGUUGAGUUGUUGCUGCACGUAACCAAG